AUCUGAGUGACAUCAUGAACAAGAUUUUGGUCAUCACUGUGCUCAUAGCACUUCUGGGCCUCAGUAAGUACACAGUCAAGACCCUGACUGACUGACAGCCUGACUGACAGACUGGUGUUGUUCCAGGGUGUCUUUUUGCAGCCUCACUGUGCAUCCCAGAAGGUUGCCAUAUUAGUGUGGCUCUUGAAACAUUUAAACUUCUCCAGACUGAAAAAAAGUCCACCUGGAGCGUCACCAUCGACUGACUGACUGACAGACUGACCAACCAACCAUUUUGAGCCGGCUAAAUGUAGACUUUCACACACACUUUGAACCUCUAUCCCUAACCCUCCCCUCCCUUCCAGGUGCUCAGGGCAUCCGUUUGCCCAGGCAAGCUGAGGAGAGUGAGGCUCCAGAAGUGGUAGCUGAGGAGCGCGCGGCUGAGGAGGCCGUGAUUGAGGAACCGGCCCCGGUGGCUGAUGUUGCCGAGGCUGCUGAGGUUGUCGAGGCCGCUGCCGCAUUAGAGCAGGGAACCCUGGGAAAGCUGGCCAGCGCCAUCAAGAACUACUACGAAACAUCCGUCAACACCGCCACCGGCUGGCUGGAAAACAUCAAGGGCCUGAAGCUGCAGGAGAAGGCCAAGUAAGAUACACACACACAGACAAGAACAGCACAGCAAGUCAAGAUAGCAGGCUGACAACUAAUUUAUUGUCCAUGUGUCCAUCAGGAAUGCCUACAUUGACACCACCACCGCAGUGAGCACCUACUCUGGCAUCCUGCAGGACCAGGUCUACCACAUCUUACACCAACAGUAAAUAUAAAUCCUUGCUUCCCUCUGCAUCCUCAAAGUCCCUUGGUGAGGAGACCGUCACAGCUGUGGGCCCCUACUCUCUCCGCCACCCUCCCCUAACACACCACUCUGAACUGGCAAAUCACAAGAAAAGAGCCCUAAUGUUUCACCACAGGAAACCCAGGAGGGCAGAAACACAGUGCAUGUCAAAUUAUAGUGGUGCCCAGUGGUGCAGUAGACUCAAAUGACUCUGACGUCAGACUUCAGGAACAUCUGGAACAGAUUGAAAUACUGUAUUAUUUUAUGUCAACAAAUUAUCUUGAAAUAAAAACAUGAAUUUACAAAAAAACAGUAGACCCUAUGUGUUUCUUGAGACCACUUCGUUCAGUUUUGUAUUAUUAGACAAAGUUGUGUAAUGUAGGAUAUGUUCAUGCUUAUCUCCCAGAGUUGUAUGAUGAACAUUACAGACCAGUACAGAAUAGUACCGAACAGAACAGAACAGUCCAGAACAGAACAGUACAGAACAGUCCAGAACAGAACAGUCCAGAACAGAAUGUCCAGAACAGAACAGUCCAGAACAGUACAGUCCAGAACAGUCCAGAACAGUACAGAACAGUCCAGAACAGAACAGAAUAGUACAGAACAGAGCAGUCCAGAACAGAACAGAAUUGUCCAGAACAGAACAGUCCAGAACAGUCCAGAACAGUACAGAACAGUACAGAACAGUCCAGAACAGAACAGAAUUGUCCAGAACAGAAGAGUCCAGAACAGAACAGUCCAGAACAGUCCAGAACAGUACAGAACUGUCCAGAACUGUCCAGAACUGUCAAAAACAGAACAGUCCAGAACAGAACAGAAUAGUCCAGAACAGAAAAGAACAGUCCAGAACAGAACAGCCCAGAACAGUACAGAACAGUACAGAACAGUACAGAACAGUACAGAACAGUCCAGUCCAGAAUAGUAGAGUACAGAGGAAGGAUAGAACAAUAUAUUUCCUGAACUGGGCAACCGAGUCUCACAAGUCCAACACGUUUUUCCCACUACCAGAGAGAAAUACAGCAGGCAUACAGGUGGUCCAACACAGAGUGCAAAUAUUUUGUCUGCUGUUGCUGCUCUGUUUCACUUGCACCCUCUUGCCAGGUCGCUAUGUAGUUGAAUAUGUUCUUCAUAACCGCCUUGGCUAAAUAAAGGUCCUAAAUUAAUAAUCAAAUAAAUAAGACACAUACCCCAAUUAAAAUACGUUUAAUGAGUUCGACUUCAAUCUCACUCCAAAAGCUAAUUCUGUGCCAAACCGAUUGUAUAAUGAUCAAGGGCACGACCCUUCCCAUUCGACCAAUGAUCAGUGAGAAGGGAUAUGGUCAAGAAGUUUUUGCUUUAGUGCUACAGAUGACCUAAGAACAUUUGCAUUACUCUGUCCUUCCUUGACAAUUCCCUUGCUAUGUCAACUGAUACAUAUAUUAAUAUCUUCUAUUCAGUCAACGCUUUUCAUUUUACAGCAAAUCUCAAAGUGACAUACAAAUGUCAAGACAUUAGGUGCAUCAGUUUAUCACCACCACCUACCAGAGAACUGUGUGCCAAUGUGUGAUCCAUACUGACAGGGCACAAAACAACCUGACGUUGUGACAGGGAAUCAGGUGACUAGAGUGUUUACACAGCACUAAAUUGAGUAUACAAAGAAAAGGGGCUUUACAUAUUAAGGCAAAGUUCAGUAUUUCACAACUUAUUGUUGAGUUUGUAGUGUCUGUUAAAAGAAAACUGAAGCAUGGAUUACAGUUUCUCCUGACCCAUAGACACCUUCAGGGUGAGGAAACGUCUAAUAUGAAGUUGGACAAAAAUACUGAACUCCCCCGUUAAACCAAUCAAGUCUAACACGGGAAAUGUAACAUAAUACUGGAAAUGUACAAUCAUACUCUAUUGUAAAAUCACUUAACCUCACACACACAGCCAGGACAGGUUAUUAGGAGGAGUUUUUAGCUAAAAGACCAUGGCAGAUUCAUCAUAAUGCACCUCAAGAUUUAAAUUAUACAGUUUAAACAGCCCACAGCUACAGCACUGGGCUUCAGAUUAGAUAUUCAGUGAUAACAGAUCAUGCUGCCCCACCAUUAACUUUCACUGGUAGUGAGUCAUUGACCUAUAGUUUACCAGCACCACUUGGCUGCAGUGGAGUCUGUGAGAACCUGUAGUAGCCAGACCAACGUGUCAAUGGUGAUCUAGACUUAGGACUGUGUGCUUAGGCAUGGGAGGGGGUAGGUGGAAGGGGGUGGUGGUAGGGGUUGUAAUAUGAACACAAUAUAUAAUAUGAAUGGGUUACUCUACUGACUUAAUAAAGACCAAUGGAAAUCAACCAGUCCCCAAUCAAAACCAAUCAGCAAGCAGGAUAACUUGUCUUGUUAUAUUUCAAUACACCUAUCUGGAUUAGCAAAUACACAGAUGUCCCUACACUAAACUCAAAUGAUACUAAAUCAACACAUUAUGAACAUGUCACUGCCAUAGCAUCUCCAUUUUGACCCUGUCUGCACUCUCUCUCACUUACUUUAUCACAUAUACAAACACCUGAACAGUGGGUGUUUAUCUCUGAGGAGUGCACUUUGGCUCGGAGAACGACAAGUCAACACAUCCCCACUCAUAUAUAUACAGGCAAGCUCACCGCUGGCUCUCAGCUACUGCUUGCUAUUAAUUGCUGUCACCCAGUACGGAGAGGAGAAACAGUAAGUACAGCCAUCUUUGUUUGAUUCACCAGCUUUUGGUUCACCAUCUUUCUGUUCACCAUCUUCUUUAGGUUCACACACCUGCAUGGAGAUAAAUAAAACACCUCUUACUAGUGUAGCUACUUCAGGGUGCACGUGAUGAUAAUAUCACUGUUAUAAGGUGUUGUGUUGUAUUAUUAGAUGGGUAUUACACAUGUCUGUCUCCAGACUGUUGGACAAAACGCUCUCUGGGAGAGAUCAAGUACAGGGUCUUGAGAGGGGUUCCAACUGUACAGAAUAACUAAAGAAAUGAUGGCAUGUCUAUACAGAUGUAGGAAACGCAAACGUGUAAUUUAACAUUUCAGACUUGAUUUGUCCUAACAAAAAAUGUAUCAACCCCUACAAAAAUGUCCAUUAAUUAUGAUCCACAUAAUAAUUCACAUUUCCUGUUUCUCCAGGAUUAUUUUCCUGCUGUGAGAAACUGGUCAAAUUAAGAUCCUGCAUCUCUAUGUGGUCUGCUGCAUCAUAGUGUGACAGAAACCACGAAAAAUGCUAGUUUCAUUGUCAUUAAAAACAUUGCCAACCUAAAAAUAGCCUUACCUUAGUCAUUGGAAACCUGUUAGAAACAUGUUUGCCAUCAAAAAUAAGAGAUUAGAUGAGGCUGAGAUGAGAUAAGGCUAAGAGCUGAGCUGAAAAGGAGGAGGAAAUGAUGCCACCUAGUGGACAAGUUGAUACAUGAUUUAUCUGACCCUCAGCAAGAUGUUUGCUUUGCACACAGAUCUGAGUGACAUCAUGAACAAGCUUCUGGUCAUCACUGUGCUCAUCACUCUUCUGGGCCUCAGUAAGUACACACCCAAGACCCUGACUGACUGAAUGACAGACUGACAGACUGAUUGACAGACUGGUGUUGUUCCAGGGUGUCUUUUUUGCAGCCUCACUGUGCGCAUCCCAGAAGGUUGCCAUAUCAUAUUAGCAUUUCGCAUCACCCACAAUAACAUCUGCUAAGCAUGUGUAUGUGAACAAUAAAAUGUGAUUUGAUUGGAAACGUUAAACACUCCAGACUGCAAAUAAGAGCACCUCGAGCGGCAACAUUGACUGACUGAUAGACUGACCAACCAACCAACCAACCAUUUUGACUCUCUAACCCUAACCCUCCCCUUCCAGGUGUUCAGGGUCUCCGUCUGCCUAGGCAAGCUGAGGAGGGUGCGCCUGAGGAACCGGUGGCUGAUGUUGCCGAGGCUGAUGCAGAGCAGGGAACCCUGGAAAAGCUGACCAGCGCCGUCAAGAGCUACUACGAAACAUCCAUCAGCACCGCCACCAGCUGGCUGGACAGCAUCAAGGGCAUGAAGCUGGAGGAGAAGGCCAAGUAAGACACACACAGGCACACACAAAAGAACAGAACAGCAGGUCAAGAUAGCAGGCUGACAGUUAAUGCAUUGUCCAUGUGUCUGUGUGUCCUGCAGGAAUGCCUUCAUUGACACCACCGUGGCGGUGAGCACCUACUCUGGCAUCCUGCACGACCAGGUCUACCACAUCUUAUACCAACAGUAAAGACCCUUCCUGGUUUCCCUCUGUGUCCCCAACGUCCUCAAAGUCCCUUGGUGAGGAGAGCGUCGCAGCUGUGGGCCCCUACAUCCUGGAGCCUCUGAUCAGGUCCACCGGACCUCCAACCCUCGGUGACGUCCCCCUGGAGUCUGUGUAGAUUGAAAUACAGUAUUAUUUGAUGUCAACAUUUUACAUUUUAGUAAUUUAGCAGAGGCUCUUAUCCAGAGUGACUUACAAUUAGUGAAUUCAUAUUAAGAUAGCUAGGUGAGACAACCACAUAUCACAGUCAUGGCAAGUACAUUUUUUCCACAAUAAAGUAGCUAUCAGCAAAGUCAGUGCUAGUAGGAAAAUCAUUUUUUAAAUGUUUGUUUAUGUCAACUUUUCUUGAAAUAAAAACAUGCGUUUGUAGAAAACCAGUAAACCCUAUGUGUUUCUUGAAGGGCAUUAUUCAUAUGAGUCAGUAUGAGCAAUGUGCUUAGUGUUGCAUUAUCAGACAAAGUUGAGAAACGUAGGCUAUGUUUAUGCAUUUCUCCCACAGGUUCGUGACAUCAAUCAACAUCAUUUUUAUAGCUGUUUGAAGCUGGUGGACCAAAUCCAAAGGUAAAAGGCUCAAGCACAAGUCUCCGCCAGGAGGGGGAUAUUUGUUUUGAAUGCAGCCCAGUGCUGUUGCAAUUCACCUAGCACUGGGCUGCAUUCAAAACAAGUCUCCCUGUGAAACACUAUCAUUCCACUAUUACUGCAGAUAUAUUAUGGAUUUUAUUUAUUUAUUACAAUGCAAAGAAAGUAUAUAUAUCCUUUGUGUAGCACCUUUAAGUUGCUGUAUAAAAUAACUGACAUUGUAUUGCCAUUUGAAAUUUGUUGUGCUUUUAAAUGGUUGAAAGCACAGUGAUAACACAUUUAGGUGACAACUAAACAAAAAAAUCUGACAUUGAUUUUCCAUUGGAAUUUGGUUGUGCUUUUAGAUUGUUGAAAUCAUAGUGAUAUCGCAUUGGGAAUUCAGCAAACUUUUGGCUGUCUUUUUAAGUCAGUGAAAAUAGGUUGCAAUCUCAUUGAUCAACGUAUCAACACACUAUUACCCAAUUCGCCACAUUGAAAUGACAUUUACAUUUUAGUCAUUUAGCAGACGCUCUUAUCCAGAGCGACUUACAGUUAAUGAAUACAUUUUCAUACUGGCCCUCCAUGGGAAUCGAACCCACAACCCUGCCGUUGCAAGCGCCAUGCUCUACCAACUGAGCUACACGGGGCCACAUUACGUGGGAAUAGCAUCUCCAUCUUUGACCCUGUUUACACUCUCGCUCGCACUCUUCAUCAACACCUGAACAGAGGAGUGCACUUUGACUCAGAGAACGACAAGUCAACACAUCCCCACUCAUAUAUAUACAGGCAAGCUCAUUGCUGGCUCUCAGCUACUGCUUGCUAUUAAUUCCUGUCACCCAGUACAGAGAGGAGAAACAGUGAGUACAGCCAGUGUUUACACAGCACUAAAUUGAGUAUAAAAAGAAAAGGGGCUUUACAUAUUAAGGCAAAGUUCAGUAUUUCACAACUUAUUGUUGAGUUUGUAGUGACUGUUAAAAGAAAACUGAAGCAUGGAUUACAGUUUCUCCUGACCCAUAGACACUUUCCCCCGUUAAGCCAAUCAAGUCUAACACGGGAAAUGUAACAUAAUACUGGAAAUGUACAAUCAGACUCUAUUGUAAAAUCACUUAACCUCACACACACAGCCAGGACAUGUUAUUAGGAGUUUUUAGCUAAAAUACAUUUUACAUUUACAUUUUAGUCAUUUAGCAGACGCUCUUAUCCAGAGCGACUUACAGGAGCAAUUAGGGUUAAGUGCCUUGCUCAAAUACCAUGGCAGAUUCAUCAUAAUGCACCUCAAGAUUUAAAUUAUACAGUUUAAACAGCCCACAGCUACAGCCCUGGGCUUCAGAUUAGAUAUUCAGUGAUAACAGAUCAUGCUGCCCCACCAUUAACUUUCACUGGUAGUGAGUCAUUGACCUAUAGUCUACCAGCACCACUUGGUGAAUCUUUGUCCUAGUUUACCAGCACCACUUGGCUGCAGUGGAGUCUGUGAGAACCUGUAGUAGCCAGACCAACGUGUCAAUGGUGAUCUAGACUUAGGACUGUGUGCUUAGGCAUGGGAGGGGGUAGGUGGAAGGGGGUGGUGGUAGGGGUUGUAAUAUGAACACAAUAUAUAAUAUGAAUGGGUUACUCUACUGACUUAAUAAAGACCAAUGGAAAUCAACCAGUCCCCAAUCAAAACCAAUCAGCAAACAGGAUAACUUGUCCUGUUAUAUUUCAAUACACCUAUCUGGAUCUGGCAAAUACACAGAUGUCCCUACACUAAACUCAAAUGAUACUAAAUCAACAAAUUAUGAACAUGUUACUGCCAUAGCAUCUCCAUCUUUGACCCUGUCUGCACUCUCUCUCACUUACUUUAUCACAUAUACAAACACCUGAACAGUGGGUGUUUAUCUACGAGGAGUGCACUUUGGCUCGGAGAACGACAAGUCAACACAUCCCCACUCAUAUAUAUACAGGCAAGCUCACUGCUGGCUCUCAGCUACUGCUUGCUAUUAAUUCCUGUCACCCAGUACAGAGAGGAGAAACAGUAAGUACAGCCAUCUUCGUUUGAUUCACCACCUUUUGGUUCACCAUCUUUUGGUUCGCCAUCUUUCUGAUCACCAUCUUCUUUAGGUUCACACACCUGCAUGGAGAUAAAUAAAACACCUCUUACUAGUGUAGCUACUUCAGGGUGCACGUCAUGAUAAUAUCACUGUUAUAAGGUGUUGUGUUGUAUUAUUAGAUGGGUAUUACACAUGUCUGUCUCCAGACUGUUGGACAAAACGCUCUCUGGGAGAGAUCAAGUACAGGGUCUUGAGAGGGGUUCCAACUGUACAGAAUAACUAAAGAAAUGAUGGCAUGUCUAUACAGAUGUAGGAAACGCAAACGUGUAAUUUAACAUUUCAGACUUGAUUUGUCCUAAAAAAAAAAAAGAUCAACCCCUACAAAAAUGUCCAUUAAUUAUGAUCCACAUAAUAAUUCACAUUUCCUGUUUCUCCAGGAUUAUUUUCCUGCUGUGAGAAACUGGUCAAAUUAAGAUCCUGCAUCUCUACGUGGUCUGCUGCAUCAUAGUGUGACAGAAACCACGAAAAAUGCUAGUUUCAUUGUCAUUAAAAACAUUGCCAACCUCAGAAUAGCCUUACCUUAGUCAUUGGAAACCUGUUAGAAACAUGUUUGAGAUCAAAUAGAAGAGAUUAGAUGAGGCUGAGAUGAGAUACAGUGAGGGAAAAAAGUAUUUGAUCCCCUGCUGAUUUUGUACGUUUGCCCACUGACAAAUAAAUGAUCAGUCUAUAAUUUUAAUGGUAGGUUUAUUUGAACAGUGAGAGAUAGAAUAACAACAACAAAAUCCAGAAAAACGCAAUCAAUCAGAUUCCAAACUCUCCACCAUGGCCAAGACCAAAGAGCUCUCCAAGGAUGUCAGGGACAAGAUUGUAGACCUACACCAGGCUGGAAUGGGCUACAAGACCAUCGCCAGGCAGAGAAGGUGACAACAGUUGGUGCGAUUAUUCGCAAAUAGAAGAAACACAAAAUAACUGUCAAUCUCCCUCGGCCUGGGGCUCCAUGCAAGAUCUCUCCUCGUGGAGUUGCAAUGAUCAUGAGAACGGUGAGGAAUCAGCCCAGAACUACACAGGAGGAUCUUGUCAAUGAUCUCAAGGCAGCUGGGACCAUAGUCAACAAGAAAACAAUUGGUAACACACUAUGCCGUGAAGGACUGAAAUCCUGCAGCGCCCGCAAGGUCCCCCUGUUCAAGAAAGCACAUAUACAGGCCCGUCUGAAGUUUGCCAAUGAACAUCUGAAUGAUUCAGAGGAGAACUGUGUUGUGGUCAGAUGAGACCAAAAUCGAGCUCUUUGGCAUCAACUCAGCUCACCGUGUUUGGAGGAGGAGGAAUGCUGCCUAUGACCCCAAGAACACCAUCCCCGCCGUCAAACAUGGAGGUGGAAACAUUAUGCUUUGCGGGUGUUUUUCUGCUAAGGGAACAGGACAACUUCACCGCAUCAAAGGGACAAUGGACGGCGCAUUGUACCAUCAAAUCUUGGGUGAGAACCUCCUUCCCUCAGCCAGGGCAUUGAAAAUGGGUCGUGGAUGGGUAUUCCAGGAUGACAAUGACCCAAAACACAUGGCCAAGGCAACAAAGGAGUGGCUCAAGAAGAAGCACAUUAAGGUCCUGGAGUGGCCUAGCCAGUCUCCAGACCUUAAUCCCAUAGAAAAUCUGUGGAGGGAGCUGAAGGUUCGAGUUGCCAAACGUCAGCCUAGAAACCUUAAUGACUUGGAGAAGAUCUGCAAAGAGGAGUGGGACAAAAUCCCUCCUGAGAUGUGUGCAAACCUGGUGGCCAACUACAAGAAACAUCUGACCUCUGUGAUUGCCAACAAGGGUUUUGCCACCAAGCACUAAGUCAUGUUUUGCAGAGGGGUCAAAUACUUAUUUCCCUCAUUAAAAUGCAAAUCAAUUUAUUACAUUUUUGACAUGCGCUUUUCUGGAUUGUUUUGUUGUUAUUCUGUCUCUCACUGUUCAAAUAAACCUACCAUUAAAAUUAUAGACUGAUCAUGUCUUUGUCAGUAGGCAAACGUACAAAAUCAGCAGGGGAUCAAAUACUUUUUCCCCUCACUGUAAGGCUAAGAGCAGAGCUGAAAAGGAGGAGGAAAUGAUGCCACCUAGUGGACAAGUUGAUACAUGAUUUAUCUGACCCUCAGCAAGAUGUUUGCUUUGCACACAGAUCUGAGUGACAUCAUGAACAAGCUUCUGGUCAUCACUGUGCUCAUCACUCUUCUGGGCCUCAGUAAGUACACACCCAAGACCCUGACUGACUGAAUGACAGACUGACAGACUGAUUGACAGACUGGUGUUGUUCCAGGGUGCCUUUUUUGCAGCCUCACUGUGCGCAUCCCAGAAGGUUGCCAUAUCAUAUUAGCAUUUCGCAUCACCCACAAUAACAUCUGCUAAGCAUGUGUAUGCGACCAAUAAAAUGUGAUUUGAUUUGAAACGUUAAACACUCCAGACUGCAAAUAAGAGCACCUCGAGCAGCAACAUUGACUGACUGACAGACUGACCAACCAACCAACCAUUUUGACUCUCUAACCCUAACCCUCCCCUUCCAGUUGUUCAGGGCCUCCGUCUUCCUAGGUAAGCUGAGGAGGGUGCGCCUGAGGAACCGGUGGCUGAUGUUGCCGAGGCUGAUGCAGAGCAGGGAACCCUGGAAAAGCUGACCAGCGCCGUCAAGAGCUACUACGAAACAUCCUUCAGCACCGCCACCAACUGGCUGGACAGCCUGAAGCUGAAGGAGAAGGCAGAGUAAGACACAUGCACGAACGCACACAAGAAUGGAACAGCAGGUCAAGAUAGCAGGCUGACAGUUAAUGCAUUGUCCAUGUGUCUGUGUGUCCCGCAGGAAUGCCUACGCUGGCACCACCGUGGCGGUGGCCUACUAUUCUGGCAUCCUGCAGGACCAGGUCUACCACAUCUUAUACAAA